AUGGGUUUGCUCAAAACAGGGCUCAGAAGAGAGAAGUGGAAAAACCUAACUAACCGAAAGAAAACACCCAGAGCCAUUACCAGGACAGGUUGUCUCGCAGUACUCCGAGUAAACUUGGAUAGGUCGGAUAACACGUGGGUGGCGAAAGACUUUAACCCAGUUCAUAAUCAUGACCUAGCUGCAAAGACAGAGCUACAUUUCCUGCGAUCCAACCGAGCUAUACCAGAAUGUAUAGGUGCACAGGUCAUUUCAAUGAGACGAUCGGGCAUAUGCACUUGCCAUAUAUUAAAUCAUCUAGCACGAGAAAGGGGAGGACGUGAGUAUCUUCCAUUCAUGAAAAAGGAUCUUUAUAAUUGGAUUGGUCGCCAAAUACGACAGGAAGCAGAAGAAGGGGAAACAGACGCUGAAGGUGCUCUCGGUUACCUAGAAUGUCUCGGUUUGCGUGACCCUGAUUUCUAUGAAACACACACAAUUGACAAGGACUUCAGAUUGGCAGACCUGUUCUGGGCCGAUGGAAAUUGUCGUAGAGAUUACAAUUUGUUCGGCGAAAUCAUGGCUUUUGACACGACAUAUAGGAAAAAUGCAUACAACAAACCAUUACUAAUCUUCGUCGGGGUGAACCAUCAUUUCAGAACAAUUGUGUUUUGCGGUUGCAUUGUUAUACGAUGA